AUGGAGCCAGGAUCCGAACGCCGAUCUGAUUCCAAGAUCUGCUCUCGUUCCACCCCCUACUUCUGUACAGUGGUUUUUAUGCUUUUUGCAGACCUCUCCUACUUCACCACGCAGCCAGCUCUUACAGCAGCUCAGAGGAGCGGCUGGUGGGCAUUACGACCACAUUGUUCAUCCAUCAGGAAACGGAGGCCCGGAGAAACGGGGUGUCCUGCCCACAGCGGCCCAGGAAGGGCACCGAGAGUGGUCGAGCGGAUGGAAGGAGGGCUCGCUACCAGGCAGAGCUGGCGCAGACACGAGGCCCCGAGGGGGCUCUACUUCUCCCGCCUCCGCCUCCCUCUCUUCCCCCCUCCAUCUAGGGCCCCAUUCAUUUCCUCUCCGGUCUCCAAGGAGCAGUGUACAAAGCGACUAAGCCGCGACCCCUGCCGGACCCUCUGUCCCUCCUGCCCCCCCACCGCCCCCCCACCCCCCAUCAGCUGUGAACACAGCGGGAGCCGUGUGGACUGCCGAGCCUCUGGCCCAUUUCCUCUCCAGCCCUCAGCUCGUCUCCCGCUGGGGCCCCCAGGGGGAGCCUACGGCCUGGGGGUUCAGAAUCAGGCCUGCAGGUUGGCUCAGAGAAGCAGAGAUGUGAGUGCAAGACUGGAAGGGGCCGGGAAUGAGAAUCCCCUGGCCCCGGGUUUAACAAGGGUCACAGUCUGGCGCGACGCUGCCCAUAGUGCUGUGGAGGUUCCUGGAAAGGAGCCCAAGAGCCAGGCAGGAACCUCGAAGGGGGCAGCCACCCAGCGAGAUGGGGCCAUGGUGGGUCAGAGGGUCCUGAGCAGACAACUUAGCCUCCUGCAGCUGGCACCUCUCUGCCUUCUGCAUCCAGGGACCUCAGCCAGCCCACCCUACAGACCGGUAACAGAGAUUCUGGGCGAGGACGGGGAGCAGGGGACCCCAGAACUGCCCAGACAGGCUGCGUUGCCUCUGUCUCCAGGGCAGCCCCAGGUGACCCCAGGAGUACCAGAGGAGGCCCCCUCCAUCCAAGGAGUGCAGGGAGGCUCCGGGGAGCUGGCCUGUGGCUCCCAGCCUGCCCCCCUGGUGGUCUUCUGGAGCUUCGCCUCCCUGGGCCCACUGAUUCCACAGCUUGUGGCCGUCACCAACAGAGCAGAGCCUAAGGUGGAGGCCGGGGCGUUGGCUCUGGGGGCCGUGAGUCUGCAGAACAGCAGCCUGGUUCUAGGGGAGGGGAAGGGGGCCCACGGCCACUUCCUGUGCCAGGCCUGACACGAGGCUGGAGGCCAGCUCCACACCACCUACUCCUCCCUCGUUCUGGCCAUGCUGAUGCCCGUAUCAAAGCCUCAGGUGCAGCUGAGUGACCUGUCCCCAGUGGAGGGGACCUCUGUGGUGGCCACAUGGGAGGUCACAGAGCCCGUGACCUUUGCCUGGUAGCAUCAGGCACGAGGCCCUGGAGAGGCCCUGGUAGGGCUCACAAAACAUCUGAUCCAGCUGGACCCAGUCAAUCGGACACACCUGGGCUGGUACGUGUGCAUUGCCCACAACGCCGUCAACUGGCUGAGCAGUGAUGGAGACUUCCUGGAUAUCAUCUAUGGUCCAGACAAUCCUGUGAGCCCCGUGGAGCCGCUGGGCUUCAGUGAGGAGGGGUUUGGGGCCAGUGAAAUGGAAGAGGUGACCCUGAGCUGCCUGGCUGCAGCCAGCGCCCCCAGCCGCUAUGUGUGGCUCCGUGACCACACUCAGGGCCAUGCUGGACCCACCUACAUCGUCGUCAGUGCCGGCUGUGUCCACACAGGCCUCUACACCUGCUUGGCCCGCGGCAGCUGCCCGGACACCCGCGCACAGAGCAGCGGCCAGCACACCAUCUACUAUGCCCCUGAGGGGCAGCCCUCCUGUACUGUACUCCCCACCCUUGGGGCACUGACUCUGGUCUGCGCCUGGCCUGCGGGGCUUCCGGCUGCCCAGCUGCAGUGGGAUGGCCCUGCUGCCCUCAGCAAUGUCGCCUGGAGUCACGCAGCCACCCAGCUCCCCAGCAGCAGUCUCUUCACCUGCACCAGCCUCGGCUCUCCCUGGUCUCCACCCACACUGUGCCCUGUCCUCCUCAGGGAGCCCCCCCGGGGCCCCACCUGCUGGACCAUGGCCACAAUCAGAGACCAGUUCAUCAUGCUGAGCUGUGAGUGGCCUGGAGGUGAGCCCCCUGCUGUGCCGAGCUGGUCUGAUGGACGGCAGCCGACCCCGGGCACCAGCGGCUGCUCCUCGCUGGCCGUCCACCUCCUCCAGGACGAGGACGACCUGGCUGGCAGGGAGUUCACGUGCCUGGACACUCACCCACUCAGGGUCCCCGACGCCCUCUGCCGGCUCCAGCUAGCCCCACAGCUGGCAGUGGCUGAGCCCUGGGUGUCAGUGCUGGAGUGGGGAGACGCCUGGCUGGGAUGUGCCCUCCUGGGGGGCACGCCACCUGCCCAGCCCCUCUGGCUGGGACCCCAGCAACGGCCCGUGGAGCCAGGCACUUCGGGGUUCAUGCUGCACCCUGAGGGUGCCCAGCUGCGCCUGAGCUUCCGGGAUGCCCACCCAGCAUGCCACAGUGGCACCUACCAGUGCAAGGCCCGAACGGCCUUGGGUAACAGCAGUCAGAGCAUCCUGCUAUAGGUGCUGAGCUAUCCAGCUACGCCCAACGUCACCACCGUCAGCCGCCUGACCUACGGGAGACGCCAGAGCGAGGUGCAGCUGCCAUGGGCCGUCCGAGGCCCGGGGGCACGCAGAGCAUCUCUUCCUGGGGCUUGGGAGACCGCAGCUGGUGAUAUCGAGCUGGAGAGCAGGGGCCGGCAGCGGGGGGGCUUGGACCCGGGGGUCCUCUAUGCCUUCCACGUCCUGGCUCUGAAUCACCGCACAGCUGGACACCCCUCUGAGGUGAGGACACCAGCGGACCCCCCCCCCUUCAGCGCCUAUCCUGCAGUGCUGGAUGCGGCAGGCACAGGAAUGGUAGUGGCAACGGUGACCUCUCUGCUGGUGUUCCAGUAUGCUGCCCGGCACCUGGACACCUUCCCCGGCCUUGGGCGGUUGCUUGUUCCCAGGGAGCAAAGUCACCAAUAUCGGGGUUCAAGAGGUGGCCCCGAGGCAAUGACAGGCACUGAACCACCACCCACCACCCCAGGUUUGCAUCCUGCACAAGAAUUCACGGAGGUUCCAGUAAAUGUCACCAUCACAGUGACUGCCACACCAUGA